AUAACAGAGGACAUAAGUAAAGGGAGAAGGAAGCCAACAACAGAGGGCAAUGGUUUGGAAAAUAAGCAGACAACAGCGUACACUAGCACAGGAAAUGAGGAGCAGACCACAGAGAACACUGGCAUCAUCGACCAUAAACACACACUAGUAAACUAUAAUCUAGAAAACGGGAAGCUAAUAACAGAGGGCGCUAGAACAGGACAUGAGGGGCUGACAGAGGGCACUAGUACAGGACACCAGGGGAUGACAACAGAGGGCACUAGUACAGGACACCAGGGGCUGACAACAGAGGGCACUAGUAUAGGACACCAGGGGCUGACAACGGUGGGCACUAGUACAGGACACGAGAGGCUGACAACAGAGGGCACUAGUACAGGACACCAGGGCCUGACAACGGUGGGCACUAGUACAGGACAUCAGGGGCUGACAACAGAGGGCACUAGUACAGAACACGAGGGGCUGACAACAGAGGGCACUAGUACAGGACACCAGGGCCUGACAACGGUGGGCACUAGUACAGGACAUGAGGGGCUGACAACAGAGGGCACUAGUACAGGACAACAGGGGCUGACAACAGAGGGCACUAGUACAAGACAACAGGGGUUGACAACAGAGGGCACUAGUACAGGACAUGAGGGGCUGACAACAGAGGGCACUAGUACAGGACAUAAGGGGCUGACAACAGAGGGCACUAGUACAGAACAUAGGUGGCUGACAACAGAGGGCACUAGUACAGGACAACAGGGGCUGACAACAGAGGGCACUAGUACAGGACACCAGGGCCUGACAACGGUGGGCACUAGUACAGGACAUGAGGGGCUGACAACAGAGGGCACUAGUACAGGACAACAGGGGCUGACAACAGAGGGCACUAGUACAAGACAACAGGGGUUGACAACAGAGGGCACUAGUACAGGACAUGAGGGGCUGACAACAGAGGGCACUAGUACAGGACAUGAGGGGCUGACAACAGAGGGCACUAGUACAAGACAACAGGGGUUGACAACAGAGGGCACUAGUACAAGACAACAGGGGCUGACAACAGAGGGCACUAGUACAGGACAUGAGGGGCUGACAACAGAGGGCACUAGUACAGGACAUAAGGGGCUGACAACAGAGGGCACUGGCUUUGACAAUGUGAACAUUACACUAUGCGGCACUAAUCUAGAAGAAAAUACAUGUCUGACAGAGAUAAAAGAACCAGGGGAUGAAAUCCCCAAAAAUGAGGAGGAGCACGAAUUAUUGACAGGGUCAGGAGAUGAGGAGAAGGACACAGUCGAGAAUGUCCCUUGGUUGGAGCAAUCAUUGUCUCUAUGUAAUUUUUGCUGCUUUUUCUGUUUCUUUAUGCGUUGUAUGUAAUUCACACAAAAAAUCUCCAGCUGGCUGCUAUGAUUGAUCACGUUGGAGACAAGUUCUUACAAUCCUGCCCCUUACUGGCCUUUUAUAUGGUGAUGGUGUUUGUAUGACUGCUGGUGGGAGGCGACAACUGCCCUGUACACAGAGCAGCUCUUUAGCCCCCCCUAGUGGUUCACAUUUACAUGACUCAGAAGCACAAUAAACAAGAUAGGGGGUGCACUUCAGCACCAAAUCGUAUGAGUAAAACUAAUUUCACCCCACAUAAGACUGACGUCACGGUUGUGUCAUGGUCACUUUGUUGUUUGCCGUGACACAUUAGCCAUGCAUGCUGGUUGCCUGGGGCAACGUGUUGUUUUUUGCAGCAUGUGUGUGCUUUACUCCAUUCUCCUGGUUCCUUCUCUGUCUGGUGCGUGUGGGGUUAAGUUCCUGGCUGGGGGUGGUCACGGCAAACAACAACGUGACCAUGACACAGCCGUGACAACUGAACAUCCUAAUUAACUUUUGUAUAAGAUUUUUUGUAAAUUAUUUCAGAUUUGCCUUCUGUUUUGCCGACGUAGGUUGGUUUUACUAAUAAAGUUUUCACAUUUCUUUCA